CUUUGUUGUUUUUCUUUGACGAUUCAAUAGUGGUUUGGUCCAUAAAACCCAAGAUACAGCAUCCAAGCCACUAGAGUUCUCAUAUCUUGCUCUUCUCACUGAUUCUGCCAGGAGUCCAACACUCAGAGAGAUGGACAGCAAACGCGAAAAGCAAGCCGCGGCCCAAAAUGCAGUUGACAUCCUGCACGAAAUCUCCACAAUCCUUAACUGCCACCUCGACCGCCGUACCCUCUCCAUCUGCAUAUCCAUGAUUGAGAAUGGGGUCAGCCCUGAGGCUCUCGCUAGCGUCGUCAAGGAGCUCCGAAAACAGGGCCAGGAAGCCACCGCUCAGAUCGCACACGCUGGCAGUGCUGCUGCCAGUCGAAGGAGGUAGAUGGGAUGGCCUGCGAGGGAUAAGAGUGGCUGCUUUGGUCGUGGCCUGAUUUGGUGCUUUUACUUCCUUUCUUUGCCCUUCUUUUCCCUUUGACGCUUUCUUAAGAAAAGUGAAUCCAUUCAUCAGGUCAAGGAGAGUUCUCUGAUGGGUUGUUCUUUUUUUUUCUUGUGCUUUUACGUGUUGGCGCGGCGUUGUUGGAUCCGGUCUUGGUCUUACUUGUUUUGUUUUCUUCAUUUCGUCGUACCACUCAACCCCCUUUUUUUAAAGCUCACAACCGCAGAGAACUAGAUGAGAUCUUACAAGUGGCAUCCAUCUCUGUUCCUGAAAAUGGACGGGCACUUCUAAAUCUAGCCAUUUCGCGUCCACGUUAAUUUUGUAUACGGGAUCUAAAACCUUGGUGGAUAAAACCACACAAGAGGUAGAGGGCUAUUCUGCAAAGAUACAGAAACCAAUCGCUGAACCCAUUCACUUUUUGAGGAAAUCGUACAACUGAGAUAAAGAAAACAACAAGAGUCAAAACAUGGCCCUGAACCCCCGAAACGACACAAAAACCAUAAACUCCUCGCACUAUUCCCAGUUAUUCCAACGAGCGAAUAUAAACCCUCUCUCUCUCCCUUUCUCUCUCUCUCUCCCUUUCUCUCUCUCUCUCCCCUUCUCUCUC